CAACCUUUCUAGUGAACACACCAACUGUGGAGUUGCAGAGCAUUAGACACACAACGAUGAACUUCAUCUUUAUAACAGCUUUAAGUCUCUGUAGCUUCUGGGGGAUUUCCAUUUCAGCUUCUGAUUUUCAGACUGUAGAGGUCCAGCCAGGUGAAGAUGUGACUCUGAAGUGCACUAACAACUCCAAAUGGGUCUCUUUGACUUUCUGGUUCAGAUUGGUCAACAGUACCACAGUCAGCUGUAUCUCUCUUUCUUUAACUUCUAAACGUGAGGUUAAAUACAGUGAUGGAUUUCAAAAUGGAAAAUUUGAAAUGACAACCAACAUCUCCACUCUUUUCCUCAAAAUCAAGCGAGUGGAUCAGUCUGACUCUGGGCUGUAUUUCUGUGGAUUUUAUGAUGGACGUCUACUUUUCAGUGUGAUGCAUUUAAACGUUGGUGACACCGAUGAGCCUGCAGAUGACAUGGACAGCAAAUGUAAACACACCGAUGAGCCUGCAGAUGACAUGGACAGCAAAUGUAAACAAGAGCCUGACGUUGUAGCUAAGCUGACGAGCGUCGCCUUGGGUGUUCUGUCUGUUUUCCUCCUAAUGGUCAUCAUUGGUCUGGUUGUUCAAAACAGGAAACUUCAGCAAGCGUUUAAAGAACAACGAAAUCUGGACCAAAGUGAGAGUCGAGACAAUGAUGACUUGAACUAUGCUACAGUAACGUUUCAGCCGAAAGCAAAAAGAAACCAAAUGGGGUCAAAUGUGAUCUAUGCUGCUACCAGAUAGUCUCUAGUUUUUCGCCUUUCAUAGUGGCCCUUUUUUGGUGCAAGGUUUAAACACAACUGAGAUGAAAAUCCUGACGCCUGUUAAGUUGCAUCUUUCUUGUUACAGAAUCUCUAAUGAAACAGUAAAUAUCGCCUAUAUUUCUGAACAACAUCAAGUAUUUCGUUGUGGAACCUGGAUCAAACUUUGAGUUGUAUAUUGUGCAUACUACAUGUGCAAAUGUCUGAAUCAAAGAUACCAAUUAAUACAAAUACAUGUGAACGUGUGAUGUGGUAGCAGACAGUGCUGUGUGUCAGUUAUAUAUAUAUAUAUCUUUCUUCAUGACUGGAAAGAUUUUAUGCUGUCUUUUACAAUUUGACUCAUACACUUAAUUUCUUUGUACCUCGCUUGUUAAAAAAAUUAUUUCUCUUUUUUUACUUAAAUAGUUUAAACAUGCUAUGUUUCUGUGUUCUGUUGCAAAUA